AUGUCAAGGCCACAUCUGAAACUUCACUGCUCUUGGUCGCGAAGGCUCCUCAGCAUUCCAGGAGUCUGCUCGUUGGGUGUGCCCUUGGAACAGUCGCGACGCAUGCAGGUGCUCCCAAUACAUGUGGUGGACAUGGGGGCCCUGGACAACCUGAUCGCCAACACGGCCUACCUGCGGAGGCCGGAAGCCUUGGACUGCGACAGCAAGGGCUGGCGGCAGCGGGCAGGCUGGCCUGCAGGGCUGCAGGGCUGCGCAGAGCUCCAUAGGCUGUCCCCGGGCUACAGCCUGUGUGGUGGCAGCCCAUUGGUCGCCUUCUUCCGUGACUUCCUAGCCACUGACCUUGCGUUCGGCGAGGCAGCAACCUUCCCUGAAGGCGUGCAAGAACGCUGGGAGCUGGCAGGACCUACCAAGGACAACGCGCUGCAGGGGCUGGUGGCGGCGUGAGCGUGGCCUGCCCCAGGGAGACCCGCACCUUCUUUGGCCAGGCUAAGCCCACCAGAGUGCCAAGCAGCCACCACCGAGGAGGCGGUGGCCGCAGUGACACUGGCCAAGUCUGAGGCCAUGGCCUUCUUGCAAGAGCAGCCCUUCAAGGAUUCGGCCAGCCCUCCCUGUGACAGAGUUUUGCAGUGGAAACUCUUUGAGAUGCAACCAGUGUGAGACAGAGUACUUCACGAGUUCAGAGUGCUGGGGAAAGGUGGUUUUGGGGAGGUAAGUGUGUCGCCCAGCGAAAACACUUUGGAGUGGCAUGCCUGUAAGAAACUGAACAAGAAAGCAAUGAAGAAGAAGGUGGCUGAGAAGAUAGCUCUCUUAGAAAAGGAAAUCUUGGAGAAGGUCAGCAGCCCUUUCAUUGUCUCUCUGGCCUAUGCCUUUGAGAGCAAGACCCAUCUCUGCCUUGUCAUGAGCCUGAUGAAUGGGGGUGACCUCAAGUUCCACAUCUAUAAUGGUACACAUGGCCUGGACAUGAGCGGAGUGAUCUUUUACUCAGCCCAGAUAGCCUGUGGGAUGCUGCACCUCCACCAGACUUCGGCAUGGGUCUGCCGGGAUAACACGAAUGUGCUUCUAGAUGACCUCGGCAACUGCAGGUUAUCUGACCUGGGAGCUGUUUCAGCCACAGAUGAAGGGGUUUGGAAGGCCACUUGCCUCAUCCAAAAGUUUUAUGCCCCAGUUUCGGGCCUGCCACGAGAAGCCCAGAGGACCAUCAGGAAGGCUCUCUCCUCUGAAAUGGGUGUCCGCCAGGAAGUGUCAGGAAGAGCAGAAGCUGCCUCUGAUGGGAUGCGCCCUCCCGCCCAGGAAGUGGCGGCAGAAAGCGGCUUGCGAGGCUUCCAGGGGCAGAGGCCGGCCUCCGCGACACUGCUGCGCUCGAUUCACGGCCUGGGGCCGAGCAGCGCCGACUCCACCAGAAGCCCCUCCCUGUUCUCUGCACUGCGAAGGUCCCAGUCUGGUUUCCUGGUUGUCCAGGCUCCACCGCAGGACUCUGUCCAAGACACUGGGCCUCACCAGUUCGGCACAAGAACCAAUGGUUACAUGGCUCCUGAUCUAAUGGAAAAGGUAAGUUAUUCCUAUCCUGUGGACUGGUUGCCAUGGGAUGCAGCAUUUAUGAUAAUGGUUGCACAGAUGAACACCAUUCGGAAUUUACAAGGGAAAGGUCAGUAAAGGGAUUAACAAAGCAAAGAACUCUGCAAGGCCGAGGUCAAAUUCCAGCAUGAUAACUUCACAGAGGAAGCAAAAGAUAUUUGCAGGCUCUUCUUGGCUAGAAACCAGAGCAGCUUAGGAAGCAGGUAAACUAGCAUUGAUCCAGAAACAUCAUUUCUGCCCAAAGCGAUCAACUUUCCUCGCCUAGAAGCGACUAUUAAACCCCCAUUUGCAGACCCUUCAGUGGUUUAUGCCAAAGACAUCGGUGAGAUUGAUGAUUUCUCUGUGAGGUUGGAGGUGGAAUUUGAUGACAAAGAUAAGCAGUUCUAAAACUUUGCAACAGGUGCUGUUCCUAUAGGCUGGCAGGAAGAAAUUAUAGAGCAGGGCUGUUUGAGAAACUCAACUGACCCCAACAGACCUACCCGGAAGUUGUAGGGGAGGAGUCAUCAGUCUGGCGUGUGUUUGUUACUGUAA